GUUCCUUACUUCCUUGUGGGAGAGCCUACACAGUACAGACAGCCAUAUCAAGAUCGACGUUCUUUCUCUCUUUCAGAAUUGAGAUCAACAGAUUUCAGCUGCAAUUAAUCAAAGAACAUGAGCAGUGUUCUAGUCCAUUGCUUCCUCCGCCAAUCUCUGUGUGUGCCUACUAUCUUAGAGCAUUCAAGUGUAACCAGUUCUUCUGGGGUACCUCCAAAUGCUCCGUGGCAAGCCUCAAUGGCAAAUGAAAGAGCAUUUCAGAUACGAAAGUGCUUAAUUCCUACUAAAUUCAAUGCGGGUAAAAUACGAGUAAUUAAAGGAAGACGCAGAAUGAUUUCUGUUGUUCUACGUGCUGUGUUAACCACAGAUCCCACUUUCAAGCUUGCAGGGAAAUUCAUUCUUGAUGAAAAUUCUGAAUUACAGAUUAGUAUUGGUACUUCUACUCAAGGGUCUAGUUUCAAAAUUAAUAUUCAAGUUAAAAAUAGUAGGGACUCUCUCAUUCUUCACUGGGGUGGCAUUUGUCAUGGAAAAAAGAAAUGGAUACUUCCUUCUUGUCAACCUGAUGGAACAAAAAUAUACAAGAACAGGGCUCUCAGAACUCCCUUGAUGAAGUCUGGUUUGGAAUCAUGCGUGAAAAUAGAGAUUGAUGAUCCUGAAAUACAAGCCAUAGAGUUUCUUAUAUUUGAUGAGAAACAAAAUAAAUGGUUCAAAGAUAAUGGGGAGAAUUUCUGUGUCCAGUUAAAGGAGGAACUUAGCCCGAAUGUUUUGGUUCCUGAAGAGUUUUUACGACAUGAAAGAAAGGAAAAACAAAAUUAUACUCCAGAGCAAGAGAAGGUGGAAUAUGAAGUAUCUCCGAUCGGACAAUUGGAAGAAAUAGCCAGUGCGGUGCCCAUAGGGGAAGUGGAACAACAAGCUAAGCUAACAAAAAGUGAUGACAAUAGUAAAGCUGAAGAAUUUUAUGUUCUAGAAAACAUGAGCAUGAUACCUGAUGAUCUUGUACAAGUGCAGGCUUAUAUACGAUGGAAGAGAGUGGGGAGGCCCAACUAUUCCCCAGAUCAACAACUUAAAGAAUUUGAAGAAGCUAGGAAAGAGCUGCAAAUUGAGUUAGAUAAGGAUGGCUCUCUGGAUGAAAUACAGAAAAAGCUCACCAAGGGAGAUAUCCAAGCUAGAGUUUCAAAGCAGCUGCAGAAUAAAAGAUAUUUCACUGUUGAAAGGAUUCAGCGCAAGAAAAGAAAUCUUAUGGAGCUUCUCACUGAAUAUGCUACUGAAUCUGUAAAACAAAAGCUUUCUAUCCCAUCAAACGACCCAACAACAGUUGAGAUUUUCCUAAAUGCUAAGGUAGAGCAAGAUGGUGGUCCCAUCCUGAAUAAAUCAACGUUUAAGCUUGGCAAUGAGGAACUUCUGGUGCUUGUAACCAAACCUUUUGGUAAGACAAAGGUUUAUUUGGCUACAGAUCUUAAAGGGCCACUUACACUUCAUUGGGGUGUAUCAAGGAAACCUGGAGAGUGGGCGGCACCACCUCAAAGCGCACUGCCCCAUGGUUCAGUUUUGCUAGACAGCGCUAGUCAAACAGAACUUGUUGAGAGAUAUUAUGGUGAUCCUCCUUGCCAGGUGAAAUUCGUGGAAAUAGAGAUUGGAGAAGAGAAUUUUGUAGGAAUACCGUUUGUCCUUCUAUCUGGAAGAAAAUGGAGAAAGAAUAAUGGGUCUGACUUCUACGUUGAUUUUGGCCUUGGAGCUGGAAAGCUUAAACAGAGGGGUGAAAGCGAUGGCAAAGGUAUUGCAAAGGAUUUGCUGGACAAAAUUGCAGAGAAGGAGAGUCAGGCCCAAAAGUCUUUUAUGCAUAGAUUUAACAUUGCAUCAGAUCUGAUAGAAUGGGCAAAAGAUGCAGGAGAAUUAGGUCUUGCCGGGAUUUUUGUUUGGAUGAGGUUUAUGGCUACAAGGCAGCUUAUAUGGAAUAAGAAUUACAAUGUGAAGCCACGAGAGAUCAGUAGAGCUCAGGAUAGGUUUACAGACUCACUUCAGAAUAUAUACAAAAGUUACCCUCAGUACCAGGAAAUUCUGCGGAUGAUUCUGACAACUGUAGGUCGUGGAGGUGAAGGGGACGUGGGACAACGCAUCCGGGAUGAGAUCUUGGUCAUCCAGAGAAAAAAUAACUGCAAAGGGGGAAUGAUGGAAGAGUGGCAUCAGAAGCUACAUAAUAAUACAAGUCCUGAUGAUGUUAUAAUCUGUCAGGCACUCAUUAAUUAUAUUAAAAGUGACUUGGAUAUCAGUUCUUACUGGAAAACACUCAAUUCAAAUGGGAUAACAAAAGAACGCCUUCUAAGUUAUGAUCGUGCCAUACAUUCUGAGCCAAAUUUCAGGAGAGACCAGAAGGAUGGUCUUUUGCUUGAUUUGCAGAAUUACAUGAGAACUUUAAAGGCAGUUCAUUCGGGAGCAGACCUUGAAUCUGCCAUUGGAAAUUGUAUGGGUUACAGGGCCAAGGGUCGAGGCUUCAUGGUUGGGGUGCAAAUAAACCCUGUGGCAGGCUUGCCAUCAGGAUUUCCGGAACUGCUGCAAUUUGUUCUGGACCAUGUCGAAGAUAAGAACAUAGAGCCUUUUCUCGAGGGUUUGCUUGAGGCUCGCGAGGAGCUUCGACCAUUGCUUCGUAAACCCCAUGAUCGUCUAAGAGAUCUUUUAUUUUUGGAUAUUUCUCUUGAUUCUAUGGUUAGGACAGCCAUUGAGAGGGGAUACGAGGAAUUAAAUAAUGAUGGACCUCAGAAAAUGAUGUAUUUCAUCACUUUGGUACUUGAAAAUCUUUCCCUUUCAUCAGAUAAUAACAGGGAUCUAAUCUACUGUUUAAAGGGAUGGAAUCAUGCGCUAUACAUGUUCAGGGCUGGAGAUGAUGGCUGGGCAUUAUAUGCAAAAUCAUUUCUUGACAGGAGCCGACUUGCUCUUGCAUGCAAGGCAGAACAAUAUGAGCAACUUCUGCAACCAUCUGCAAAGUACCUUGGAUCAUUGCUAGGAGUUGAUCAAUGGGCUGUAAACAUAUUUACUGAAGAAGUCAUUCGUGCUGAAUCAGCUGCUUCCUUGUCCUCACUUCUUCAUCGACUGGAUCCUUUUCUUCGGAGGUCAGCUAAUCUGGGAAGUUGGCAGGUUAUCAGCCCAAUCGAGACUAUAGGAUAUGUUGAGGUUGUGGAUGAAUUACUUGCUGUCCAGAAUAAAUCUUAUGGGCGACCGACAAUAUUAGUGGCAAAGAGUGUAAAAGGAGAGGAAGAAAUUCCUGCUGGUACUGUUGCUGUGCUGACAUCUGACCUGCCAGAUGUCUUAUCUCACGUUUCUGUUCGAGCGAGAAAUAGCAAAGUUUGUUUUGCUACAUGUUUUGACCCUGACAUCCUGUCUGACCUACGAGUAAACGAAGGGAAGUUACUACAGUUAGAGCCUACCUCAGCAGAUAUAUUUUAUAGUGAGGUAAAGGACAGUGAAUUGUCAGAGACAAGCUCAACAAACUUGAAGGAAUGUGGACCUUCCCCUUCUUUGACUUUGGUCAGAAAGCACUUCUGUGGUAGAUAUGCCAUAUCAUCUGAGGAGUUCACCAGAGAAAUGGUUGGAGCUAAAUCAUGUAAUAUUGCACACCUGGAAGGAAAAGCGCCAUCUUGGGUUGGAAUUCCAACCUCGGUGGCCCUACCAUUUGGUGUUUUUGAGAAGGUUCUCUUGCAUAGUUCAAACCAGGCAGUAGCUGACACAUUGGAGACCCUGAAGAAAAGGUUGAAAGAAGGAGAGUUUAGCACACUUGGUCCGAUCCGCGAGGCGGUUCUGCAGCUUGCAGCACCACCUCAGUUGGUGCAAGAGUUGAAGAACAAGAUGCAAAGUUCCAGGAUUCCCUGGCCUGGUGAUGAAGGCGAGCACCGAUGGGCGCAAGCAUGGAUGGCAAUAAAAAAGGUCUGGGCUUCAAAAUGGAAUGAGAGAGCAUUUUUCAGCACACGAAAAGCAAAACUAGACCAUAAUUCCCUUUGCAUGGCAGUCCUGGUUCAAGAAAUAAUAAAUGCAGAUUAUGCAUUUGUCAUCCACACCACUAACCCGUCAUCUGGAGACUCAUCAGAAAUAUAUGCUGAGGUGGUAAAAGGACUCGGAGAAUCACUUGUUGAAGCUUAUCCAGAUCGUGCUCUGAGCUUUUCCUGUAAGAAAAGUGAUCUCAACUCUCCGAGGCUACUGGGUUACCCGAGCAAACCCAUUGGCCUCUUUAUACGGCAAUCAAUUAUUUUUCGAUCUGAUUCCAAUGGUGAAGACCUCGAAGGUUAUGCAGGUGCUGGCCUUUAUGAUAGUGUGCCUAUGGAUGAUGAAGAGAAGGUUGUGGUGGAUUACUCUUUGGACCCAUUGAUCAUUGAUGAUAAUUUUCGCCAGUCAAUCCUAUCAAGCAUUGCACGUACAGGAAGUGCAAUUGAGGAGCUGUAUGGAUCUCCACAAGACAUUGAAGGAGUGGUGAAGGAUGGGAAGAUCUAUGUUGUCCAGACAAGACCCCAAAUGUGACACCCAUUUUCACUCUCUUUUUGUCUUUUUCCCAUGAGCAUUAAAUUGUAUAUAAUGAGUGUAAAGUUUAAACAGUAAAUAUGUGUUUAUACACACAC